AUGGCCAAGCAAGUUGCAAUUGUGGGGGCUGGGGUCUGUGGCCUGGCCUGCAUCAAGUGCUGUCUGGAGGAAGGCCUGGAGCCCACCUGCUUCGAGAGGAGCGACGACCUCGGGGGGCUGUGGAGAUUCACCGAAGAUGUUGAAGAAGGCAGAGCCAGCAUCUACAAGUCUGUGGUUUCCAACAGCUGCAAGGAGAUGUCUUGUUACUCAGACUUUCCCUUCCCAGAAGAUUGGCCAAACUAUUUGCCACAUUCUCAAUUUCUGGAAUAUCUCAAGAUGUACGCAAACCAGUUCAACCUUCAGAAAUACAUUCAAUUCAAGACUAAAGUCUGCAGUGUAACAAAACGCCCAGAUUUUGCUCUCACCGGCCAAUGGGAGGUGAUCACUCUGCGUGAAACGCAGCAACAGUCUGCCAUCUUUGAUGCUGUCAUGGUCUGCACUGGUUUUCUCACUAACCCAUUUUUGCCGCUAGACUCCUUUCCAGGUAUAAAUACCUUUAAAGGCCAGUACUUUCAUAGCCGACAGUAUAAACAUCCAGAUAUAUUUAAGGACCAGAAAGUUCUUGUGAUUGGAUUGGGAAAUUCUGGCACAGACAUUGCUGUGGAGGCCAGCCACCUGGCAGAGAAGGUGUUCCUCAGCACCACUCAAGGGUCAUGGGUGAUCAGCCGAGUCUUUGACUCAGGGUACCCGUGGGACAUGCUGUUCACAACUCGAUUUCAGAACAUGCUCAUAAAUUGUCUCCCAACUCCAAUUGUGACUUGGUUGAUGGCAAAAAAGAUGAACAGCUGGUUCAAUCAUGCAAAUUAUGGCUUGGCUCCAAAAGACAGGACACAGAUGAAAGAGCCUGUGAUAAAUGAUGAGCUCCCAGGCCGUAUCAUCACUGGGAAAGUGCUCAUCAAGCCAAGUGUAAAGGAGGUGAAGGAAAACUCCGUCAUAUUUAACAACACCCCAAAGGAAGAGCCCAUCGAUAUCAUUGUCUUUGCCACUGGAUACACCUUUGCUUUCCCUUUUCUUGAUGAGACUGUAGUGAAAGUUGAAGAUGGCCAGGCAUUGCUAUACAAGUACAUGUUCCCUGCACAUCUGCAAAAAUCAACCCUGGCCAUUAUUGGCCUCAUCAAACCCAUUGGCUCCCAAGUUCCCACAGGAGAAAUACAAGCUCGAUGGGCUGUUCGUGUCCUGAAAGGUGUGAAUAAGUUACCACCACCAAGUGUCAUGAUAGAGGAAGUUAAUGCAAGAAAAGAAAACAAGCCCAGUGGGUUUGGCUUCUGUUACUACAAUGCUUUACAAACAAAUUAUAUCACAUACGUAGAUGAACUCCUGACCUAUAUGAACGCGAAACCCAACCUGCUUUCCAUGCUCCUGAUGGAUCCACGCCUAGCUUUGACCGUCUUCUUUGGCCCAUGUACCUCGUACCAGUUCCGCUUGACUGGCCCAGGGAAAUGGGAAGGAGCCAGAAAUGCCAUCUUGACCCAGUGGGAUCGAACAUUCAAGGCCACCAAAACUCGAAUUGUAGAAAAACCCACAUCUCCCUUUGCAAGAAUACUUAAACUCUUUAGCUUUCUGGCUUUGCUUGUGGCCAUUUUCCUGAUUUUCCUAUAAAUAAAAAAUGACCUUAAUGGCUUGUCAGAUGCACACAGUAGAUUUACAGUGCUCUGGUUCCUCCAUUGCAGCAACAUUGCCCUCACAGCUAC